CAGGCUCAAACUGUCAGUCCACCAGCUGAAUACUCAGUCAGACUGGUGAAUGGGACCACUUCCUGUUCUGGGACAGUGGAAGCCUUCUAUGGAGGAGAGUGGUUGGGUCUAUGCAAUAGGUGGUGGGACAUGAUAAUAGUGACUAAGGUUGUGUGUAGAGAGCUGGACUGUGGGAAUCCUGUAGCUGAAUCUAGAGGACCUCUGAUUGAAGAUGGAAGAAUAGGAGUCACACUAUAUAGGAGUUGCAGGGGACAUGAGUCUUCUAUUAGACGGUGUGUCAUCAGAGGACCUGGUGUCUGUGAUGGUGAAUAUUAUCAUCAUGUGACCUGUUCAGAGUCUGUGCGGCUUGUGGAUGGAGCUGGUCUCUGCUCUGGGAGAGUGGAGGUGAAGUCCAAUCAGUCCUGGGCCUCAGUGUGUGAAGCUGACUUUGACCGGCAGGAUGCAGAGGUAGUCUGUGGGGAGCUUGGCUGUGGGGCUCCUGCAGCUCUACAGGGGGGGCUCUAUGGAGGAGGUGAGGGUCAGACCUGGGAUAAAGAGUUCCAGUGUAAAGGCAAUGAGUCCCUUCUCCUGGACUGUGACACCUCAGACAGAGAAAACAACACCUGCCUACCUGGUAAUGCUGUUGGACUCACCUGCUCAGAGCCUGAUGAUGUGAGGCUGGUGGGAGGAGGCAGUCGCUGUGCUGGUGGAGUGGAGCGGUACGACCAGGGAGAGUGGAGGAUUGUGGGAUCUUCCUCUGGCGUGAAGGCUAUAGCUGCAGUAGUGUGUAGACAGCUGGGUUGUGGCUCCACUGUUUCAGUACUAACUGGAAACACCACUAGAGGGUUUUUAGUUAUCUGUUCUGGGUCUGAGUCGUCACUGAGGGAGUGUUGGAAAAGUUAUGAUCUCUAUCCUGGACUCACAGUGAUCUGCUCAGAUGACUCCCACCAAGGGAACUACAGCUGUGUUUAUGACAAUUAUGUUUUCUCUCAUAACUUCUCCUCUGAGAGUGAGCUCCUCUCCCUCACCAUCACAGCCUCUCCUCUGCCAGCCUUCAUCAUCAGACACGUUGUAGUGCUGCUGCUCCUACUGACAGCCAUCACCGCCUCCUACCUGUACUACAAGCCCACCAGGAGGCAGAAGAGAGUGAACAGGGUGAGCAGCAUGGAUCUUUAUGUCAAUGCCAUGGAGACGGUCUCUCUGAGCUCCAGAGCUGAAGCUGGACCAGGAGAGGAGAGAGCAUCCCAGGGGACGGAGUAG